GGUUUUCAGUGUUUCACAUCUUAUGUAAUGGUGCAGGUUCAACUACUUCAGAGGUUGUGUAUUGAAAACAUAAUAAAACACUGGACCUACUUCACCAGUUUAAAAGAUUUCACCCUACCAAAGCAUUUUCUCAUUGACUUCCUGGAAUGCUGUGUAGAAAACAAGGAGAUACCAAUCAUCCAUCAGGUGCUCCUGAAUCCACAGCUGUUACUUGACUUGGUGGAAACGAAGGACUAUGACGUAAACCUUUACACAAGCACACGUCUCUUAGUCGACAACAACAUUCCAAUCCACAACGAAAUAUCCAAAAUGUUUAUUCAGGAAAAAACUUCUGGGACGAUUCAAGGUGGGAAAAAGGACAGCUCGAGACUAAUCAAAGUGUGUGAGUUCCUAAUAGACUGUGGAUGGCACAAGGCUGCUGGCGAGCUUUUAAACCAUCUUUACCAAACGAUGAACCCAUUAUCAGAGAGACACAACGUUUUAGUUGUUCUUACCCAUCUCAUUUCAACACACAUUGCGGAAUGCAAGUUUACUAAAGCAAAGGAAGCAUUUGUAAAAGCGAGUACGUUCUAUGAUACGUCAAAAGACAAGCGGUUCAACGCUGGUUUAUUGUAUGCAGAAGAGGCAUACAGGCACUAUUGUCUGAGUAACUUUGCGGAGGCAGAUGACUGGGCUGACAGGGCUUUACUCGAGGUCAACGAGAACCUUAACACAGCCUCCUGUAUCACAGUCCUGCGUCGCACCGCUAAAGUCUACAUCAAUACGCGCAGAUUUACGUGCGCGGAGGUACUGAUAAAACACGCGGUGGAGUUGGCUGGCUCGCUCUACGGCAGCAACCACCCCCUCUACGCAGACACACUGCAAGACUACGGGUUCUGUUUACUGCACCUUGAUCUUGUUUCACAGUGCGUUGAGGUGUACAUGAAAGCAGUAGAUAUAAUAGACAAAGUGUUCGGAGAGAAUAACAUCAAGACAGCAGUAGCACACGAAGACCUAGCUUACGCAACCUACGUUUACGACUACAACUACGGGAACUAUGAGAAAUCACUAGCGCACAGCAACAUUAGCGUGCGCAUUGUUAACAAACUGCUGGAUCCGGAUCAUUUGUUGCACGCCAGCACGAGCAGGUUGCGUGCCCUGAUCCUGGAGGAGCUCGCGUUCGAUGAGACGAGUUCUAGGAAGAAGGAGAGACUGUUAAGAGAAGCCCAAGAACUGCACAACAAGUCACUGAAGCUGUGUCGGUCUGUGCUGGGGGAGGACAACAUCCAGACAGCAAAACACUACGGUAACCUGGGGAGACUUUAUCAGAGCAUGAAGAUGUACAAACCUGCUGAGAAGAUGCAUCGUAGAGCUAUCAAGAUAAAGGAAUCCCUGCUCGGACCGGAUAACUUUGAGCUGGCACUGUCUCUGGGCCACUUAGCGAGUCUCUACAACUAUGACAUGCGGCGUUUUGACGACGCACUGCCGCUCUACCUGCGCUCUAUAGAUAUUGCGCUCAAGAUGUUCGGGCCUGCUUUCAGUGGGUUGGAGUACGAUUACCGGGGUCUUAUUUACCUUUAUACUGCUACCAAUCAGUCGGACGAGUGUAUGAAGUACCUAAUAAAGCUACAAGACUGGAUAGACCUCCGCCAGACAGGUUCAGCUAACCCCACUCCGGGUAGCUCACUUACAAGUGCUGCCCACUCAGGGCAGUCAACUAAACAGGUGCUAAAGGCUGUGUUUGUGGAGGAGACUCAGUGAUGUCCCUUUAACACAGAGACAAUAACAGAGACUGUAAAAGCGCAGGCAGCUUGUGUGUGGUGUGGUGUGUGGAUCUGCAGUGCUAGUGUGCAGUAGUGUGUGAUAAAUUAAGACAGUGUGUGAAUAGUGGUGGAGGUUGGUUGGUUCUGACUUGUUGAAUUUCGUGAAAAAGUUCAUGUAAAAUGUAAAUGUUGAUGUAAAAUGGGGCAGGAAACUGUUCUGAACCAACUGAAUUUCAUCAGAGUGACAGAAUAUAUAGUGUGUGUUUUGAAAGGUUGGAUUUAAGUUACUCUUGGAAAAGGCUUGGGUUUUCAAUUAUAUGUCGUGUUUUUUAAUAAAAUGUUUUGUAAAAAACUGUAAGUGAUGAAACAAACGGGCUAUGUGCCACGGGUCUUGUAUAAUAUUACCAAUUCGGAUAAUAUAAAAAUAUAGAUAUAAUUUUUAAAUUUUCCAAAUAUUUUACCCGUUGCAGACCCUGGUACAAUUAAUUGACUAUAAUCAGAUGUUGUGAAUGUUUUUUUAGAAAAGUUUACAACAUGCGUAAUACACGUUCAUAUUUUCCUUUAAUAAUAGUAGAAUCUAGUAAGUAGCCGAUAAGGAGUGUAAAUAUGUGACGACAAGUGACGAACUAAUGUGCAUAUUUGUAGCAUUAAUAAUAUACUUAGUUGAGCCACUAACGAUAGAGAAACUGACGUUAAAACUAUUUUCCUGAAAUUUGUUCAAAAUUUUUGAUGUUUGUUUCCUUAUCUUCGCAUUCCUAAUAUGAAUAAUAUGUAAUUUUUUCGUGUUAGAUUGGAUUGUUUGUAAUAAAUUUAGAUUGUUUUCGAUAAUUGAUUAUUAUUAUUUACGCUUUAAAACUGAAGUAAAAUAAAGCUAUGCUUUGUUUUUAAAGUUAAAUUAUUAUUAUUAAAUGUAGCAAUUGGUUAAAUGAACGUCAGUUUUAACCUUUUGUUUUUACUACCUUGUUAAAAUUGUUGUGUGAGCUUAAUUAUAUGAUGUUAUUGACUCAACUCGAGAGAUACUAUUAGUACAUUAAGCAGUUCAAUCGGUAUUUUAACAAAAUAUUAACAUUAUUCGUGGUUAAGCUACAUUCCUUACAAGAAAAGUAGCAAAUUGCAUUCAUGUUUAAACCGAUUGAAGGGGAGACAGCAAGGAUGGUAGCAAUCUGUUCCGUAUCUUCCCGGUUACUAUUCUUGUUUCAUAUCAAUAACAAUUUAAUCGAAUAUAGUAAACCUAAUUGAACUGUUUAUUGGAAAACUAGUUUACACUUUUCAAACGAUCAAGAUUUCAACGCCUGUUAUCCUGGCUAAUGACAAUUACUAAAAAGGUCGAUGUGUCAAGUGUCACAUUCCUAUGAUAUAUUACAAAAA